UUUGACGCACGGUGGAGCCACAGCCGUGAAGCGGCGCAGGCGGACAUUGUUGUGGUAACAGCCAGCUCUGGAGGAUGAGCACGGAUGAUGCACUCAUGAGCGGAUAACGGGUUUGGAUCGGGCUCGUGCUCCGUGUCAUUUUCACUCGGGAGGAUGGAUUUGAACUGCUAGGCCGUCGCACCGUGCGGGCUCCCCCUUUUUCCUUCCCAGCCCACCGGAGAGCGGAGUUCAUUCAGCCGGAGCGAGCCGCGUCGCGCAGCCCGAUGAGACGCUGCCAGCGAGGUGAAAAUCACAACAUCUGCAGGGCGUGCGUCCGGGGCGGCUGGAUUAAGUUCUCCGCGGAUUCACCGGGCCUUUGUGGAACGCAGCUAGCACAGUGAAGCCCACGGGGCGGGUGUCGCCUUCACAGAGGAGGGGGGGAUCGGGAGUGCGGUGCUCCCGGAGGCCUUUGGAGAAACACAGCCUGCUCGCUGAGAGGAUGACAGAUUGACAUUAAUGGGGGUUUGUGCUGCAUUUUCAUACACGACCUCAUUAGAGCAUCGUCCACGGAGAACCGACAGUGGGUUCGGCGCAGAAUAGCACCGGAGUCAGUGUGCCUUGAAGGAAAACAGUCUAAAAUAAGACAUCACAUGUUUCUGCCUUGAUUUGUACCCGCGGUGCUGUGGUGAUCGCAUACAUGACAUCUGGAACGCAGUGGCUGCAGAUGAAGAAGAUGAAGAUGGUGAUGGCUCUCUGUUGAGCUUUAAAUUUACACACAUCUCAGUGCUUAUUCAUUCUCAGGUACCCGAAGGUGUCGUUUUCCUUUUUUGUUAUUUUUUUUUUUUUUUCCGCUGGAAAACAAUGGGUAGCGAAGGUGAGAUAAUAAACCGAGAACUGUCGAAGAUGUCCGACGAGGAUCUGCUGGCGUGCUCCAAAGAGGAGCUGGUGAGCCGGCUGCGUAAAGAGGAGACGGAGAAAAUCUCCGCUCUGAUCCAGCGCGGCCGGCUCAUCAAGGAGGUAAACAAACAGCUGCAGGGACACCUCCUCGAAAUCAGGGAACUGAAAGUCAUCAAUCAGCGCCUACAGGAGGAGAACGUGGAGCUGCGGGACCUCUGCUGCUUCCUGGACGACGACAGGCUCAAAGUGAAGAAGCUGGCCCGGGAGUGGCAGCUGUUCGGCCACCACGCGGCCAAAGUGAUGCGCGAGGACCUGGGCGGGUAUUUGAAAAAGCUGGCCGACCUGGAGCGCAUGCAGGACGGGCUGGUGAAGGAGAACCUGGACCUGAAGGAGCUGUGCCUCGUCCUGGAGGAGGAGUGCGUGAGCAGGAGCGACUCCAGCCCCGGGGGCUCCACCGAGCUCAACCUGCCCUGCAUGGUGGCCCGGGACCUGGGGGACGGCAGCUCCAGCACGGGCAGCGUGGGGAGCCCGGACCAGCUGCACCUGGUGUGCUCACCUGACGACUGACCCCGGUGUGCGUGUCAGCAGUGAAGGGCUUCUCCAUCCUGCAGAGGAGGCUGUGGACUGACAGACUUUUUGAAAUGAUCUGAAGAGGAAAAAAAAAAAAAAAAUGGCAUUAGGGCUUUCUGAAUGCUGCAGAGUUUUGUGUGCCACUAUGAAUUCUGACUUGACAAAGACUCUGUCACACCUCACGUUUCAGGACUUUACAAGGACAUUUAAUAAAUGUUUGCCAGAUGAUGAUGUAUCUAAAUUUUACAGUGUUUUUCUAAAGACUCUCCUGAAUUCUCCUUUUUUCAGUGGUCUGUUGUUGAGAAGAAAAAAAAAAUGGGACCAAAAAAGUGGGUCACAUAUAUAAAUUUAUCUCAUGCACUGGACUAGCCUACACUGGUAGAAGCCUUCUUUCUAUUGCACUGGUUAUCUUGGAUCUUUAAAUCACAGAUCGAAAGAUUCAUUUCAAUCCAGUUUUGAGCCAUAUUUACUCCACUGAAUUCCAAUAGCACUGAAAUAGAUGAGUUGUGAUUGCAACAAAAGAAACUAUUUGAUAUUUGCUUUUUGCUACGUGCCCAAUAAUGUGUAAUAUUUUAUGCACUCUCUUCCUCAGGACGGGAUUGGAGUGCCAUACGUGCAUGAUGAUCGUCACAAUUUGUACAGGCCUGUAAACCAAUCUGAUGGAAUGCCCCUUCAGGUUCACUGUGGGUGGGGCUGCUGGGCACACAUUUAAGGUCUGGGAUCAGACACAAUAGAUGUCGUUGGACCUAAUUCAAAACAGAAUUGACAAAAAAUAAUUCUGUCACUUUUUAUAUAUAUAUUAAAAAAAAUUGAACUGGAAACUCUUUGUAUCAAACUGGAAGGUCUACAAGUUUUGCUGAUUUUUCUUCUGUUCUUUUCAAGGCUGUUUGAAUCCACUUGUAUGACUUUUUUUUUAAUGACGUCGUCGGUGUUCAGUUGCAUAUCACAGGAUUUGUUUAGGCUGGCGCUUGUCAUCUUUCUCUUCUGUAACUCAUGCUUUGUAUUUAAUCUGUGACACUAGGAAUAAUCUUAACUUUGACCCUUCUUUAUCUUGGUUUAUCUGUAUUAACUAGCAUUACUAACAAUUUCAGUUUAAAUCAUAGCUGAUGCACAUGGAUUAGAACAGAUUUAUUUAGUUGUUUAGCUGUUUAUUGGUGGGCUAUGCUCGUAGUGCACUGAAGAGCUUUAAAUACAGUGAGUAUGACACUUUG